UGGAGUGUGUGCACACUGGCCCAGUGAUAUAACCUCGAGCAGCAAAGUGUAAUAUUAAAAUUUGUUAUUUAUGAAUAAGCUAUUAAAUAUAGCACACGCUGUCCCACGCCAAUUUGUGCGUGACUAUGCGUUCAAGUCGGAUCUGAAAAUCAAAUGGGUACGACCCGAAAAGAUAUCAUGCAUAAAGCCAGAGAAGAGUGGCGAUCUGGCAAAGCUGCCACCGCUGAAUCCCAAUGAGCUGCUGCCGGAUUACAAAGAUUCCAAGGAGUUGGCCAAUGCCAAUGAAGCGGUCAAAUCAAUGUUUUUGCUUAGUAACAAUCGGAACAGUUUAACAACGCGCUAUUAUCGCGAUCAAAUGAUCAAGGAGGUGCAGCGGCAUGCGCAAGACUAUGGCUCUAUGGAGGCCAAAUUGGCUAGAAUGACGGCACUUAUACGACGCUACCAGUCACACAUGGAGGUGCACCCUCGCGACAAGAUGAUCAAAGUGCGUCUAAAGGAGAUGAUCGACAAGCGUAAGAAGUUUUUGAAGUAUCUCAGACGGUGGGAUUACCGACGUUUCGAGUGGAUUUUGGAGAAGCUGGACUUAGUCUAUAAGCCACCGCCAACGAAGUUCCAUUGGAUAACGCGCAAAGAAUCGCUGCAGAAGCUAACCGAUAUUUACUGCGAGAAAAUUAAGGAUGAGCGCUUAGAAGCUUAUCACAAAGAGCUACAAGAGCAACAAAUACCUUUCUUAGAGGAUGCCAUCAAGAAGAUGGUAUUCAUCCGCCAGGAGCAAAUCGAUUGCGAUGUUCCAGUAACUGUCACAGAAGUGCAAAUCGAGGAAGCGCGCCAGCAACUCGCACAGCUGCAAGAGUUGCGUGAAGCAGCGGCAGCCGCCACACGCAAGCAAUCGGAUGAAACCUUCCAUUAAAUAAUUUACUUGCAAUAA